UUUGCUUUGACAAUGUCUAAUGCAAUAUGCAAAAGUUUGAGAUCGCCAGUAAGGAAUCUGGCAUCUUUGAAGAAAGCCAUCUCAACCUCACUAGUACAUAAUGAGACUAUAUUAGUUAGGAAUAAUGAAGAGUUUAUUAAUAAGGUCAUGAACAAUGAUAAACCUGUGAUAGUGAAUUUCCAUGCGGAGUGGUGUGAGCCCUGUAAAAUACUGACACCACAGCUGAAGCAACUAAUCGAACCCUUGACAGACCUAGAUCUAGCUGUUGUGGAUGUCGAAGACAAUGCCGAUUUAGUUCACACUUUUGAGGUAAAGGCGGUUCCCGCAGUUAUAGCAAUAAAGAACGGAUUAAUAGUGGACAAGUUCAUAGGCUUAGUGGAAACCGAUAUGAUCACCUGUCUUAUUAACAGGAUGUCGGGUAAAAAGAAGGAGGGCACAUAGACUUUACACAGUAGUGUUUUAAUCCAAUAACAAUCACACAGUAAUGUUUAAAAGAAUGGUUCCUUCCGCAAACAAAAUGUUUUAUUGUGUUACUUUUUGUACAUUAAUUAUUAGUUAAUAUUUUACUUUCAUUGUUUUAACUAGUAAUCGUAGUGAAUCGUACGGAUUAAUCUUUGGAUAUAAAAUUAUUCUAAUACAGCUAGCGGCAAUGUUACAAAAAAUAUGUAAGAUAAGUUGCACACAUUCUCCGGACACUUCAUGUUACAGCUCAGUUUAGACUGUCUUUAAUGCCCCUUGACACUUAAGAUAGUAGAUCGCUGUCGUGGACCUAAUUAAGUUGUUGUUUCUGUAGUGCUAGAAAGAGAUAGUAGAUCUGCAACUUAUAAAAUAGUCCCUACAUUACAUUAUGCACGGAAUGAUUCUUUGGUGUGUUUCUAGAGUAACACUAGAUACGUGCAACUUAUUAUCUCUAGACGAUUUUUAGCCUAUUAUUCAGCCCCUCCCCUUACUCUUGAAGUCGUCGUAGCCUAAAGGAUAAGACGUCCGGUGCAUUCGUAUGUAGCGAUGCACCGGUGUUCGAAUCCCAGUUGGGUGCCAAUUUUUGUAAUGAAAUACGUGCUCAACAAAUGUUCACGGUUGACUACCACGGUGAAGGAAUAACAUCGUGUAAUAAAAAUCAAAACCCGCAAAAUUAUAAUUUGCAUAAUUACCGGUGGUAGGACCUCUUGUGAGUCCGCCAACGCACUCUGCCGUGUCCACCGACAUGUCGAGCCGUGGGCUCUUACCUCCAAACGCUAUUGCAGGAUUCAUGCGGGGCUUGGACAUGAGCAAUAGAGGACGGGUGAAUGUUACCAAAGAUUUCGAGGGUCCGGAUGUCGGGUGAUUGUUUGCCCAGACACAGCAAUUCAAGAUAUCGCCUCGAGCUGUAGUAGAGAGUUUUACUAAAAAAAAAGUUGUUUUUAGGACAUUCAAAAAUCAGAAAGAUUCUAAACAAAAUAUUUAAAUGUACGGUUAAUAAUCAUAUAAAUUUAAAAUUAAAAACUUACAAUUUUCACAAACUAAGCGAGUGACCAAAAUAAUUAAUUAGAAAAGCCUAAAAUGGUAAUAAUAUACUUUAAAAUUAAUGAUUAAUUCCGUAACUCGCACUUUGGUUUUUUUUUCAUACCACGAGAAUGUCUGGAUUUUUUUUCAUUUUUUGAUAUAAAAUUCUUUUUUAGAAAAUAAAACUAAACAUAUUUUCUUUAUUCUGCUCAUACAAAGUAUGUUUAAUAUACCGCUAAACAAAACUGCUAAAAUAAACCUUGGCUAGUCCUGAAAUGUCUGACUAUUUUAAUAAAGAAAUAUAUCGAUUUAAGUUAUAGAUAAAUUUUAAUUACAAAUAAAUAUAUGAAUUAAUCUAGAAAUGUUAUAAAGAUGUUUUUGUUUGCACACAAUAUGUAUCGAUAUAAAUGUGAUUUUUUGUGUUUGACAGUUUCAAGUGUCAAUUUGACACAAACUUCAAUGUACAAAUCGGUGGACAACCACAGUGUACGGUAGUAAACGGUAGUUAAGGUAGUAAAUAGUGUAAACAUACAACUAGUGCAAGGUCUAAAUGAUGUAGUAGGUACGAGAGAAUAAAAAAAAUUAAAUAAUCGAUUGUGUAUACGAAUUACUAAUUUGAUUUUGGAAUCUUGAUUUAACCAUGAAUUAAUAAAUGUAUCAUUAACUUUUGUUGAUGAUACAUUACGUCAGCAUUCGUAAAAAUGAAUGCUGACGUAAUGUCAAGGGUUUGCUGACGUCCGCCCAAGUAACCAUGAUAAUAAAUGAUAAUAGAAGAAUUUACAAUGUCUAGACCAGGGGUCGCCAAACAACGGACCGCGGUCCGCAUCCGGACUACACACUUGGUAAUAAAUAUCCAAACUACAAAAAUUUUCUUUCAAACUUCUUACUUUGUUUGGGUGAACAUAAAUUUGUGAAGUAGCAAUUUCGAAGAUGAACUUCAUAAAGAAAAAAGGAUUGUGUGGUUUUAUGAAACCACGGUAAAAGUGAAACUUUUUUUCACAUUAUAGACAUUUAACUCUGACAAACAACAUUCCCAUUAAACACUGACAAAAACAAACAAAAUAGCGUGGAGCACUGGCACAAAUGAGUAAUAGUCUAUACACUACACGUUCAGCUGCUGCGAGCUCUAGGCGCCGCCAUAUUGGCUGCUCUGACGAGCGCAUUUCACUUUAUCCCUACUCCGCGGCCGACCGUCACGCGACAUGCAACACACAGACGAAAAAGUUUGAGACGAAGUUUCACUUAAUAAGUGUCGAUCUCGAUUUACUGAUGCAAUGAAUCUUGCUUGCAAUUUUACUCGAAACCUCAAAACAAAAAGACCUCAACAAAAAAUUACAUUUAUCUUUUAUUAUUGAUAUGUAAAAAAAAUAUCUUUGUUAUAUUCGUAAUUACAUUUGUUUAAUAACUAUGUUUUCUAUAAAAUGUGCGAUUUCUCAAAAAGGACCCCAAGGGAAAUUAAUUAGUGAUCUCUGGUUUAGACAGUAAACAAUAAAUUUAAAAGAUUAGUACUAAUACGAUUUUUAAGUACACGUUUUUUAAGUUUACGAUCUACAAGUAUUCAAGGCAAUGGAUGUAUCGCAUUGUUGGUGAACCUUCAGACAUCUUUAUUCUGUUAAAUAUAUUUGAAUUUUAAAUCUAUACUUAUUUGUAGAUAAAUUAUGGUGUUAUUAAUGUCCGUUAAUAAAAACAAACUUCAAACGAGAAUCAAUCAAUUCUAGAUACUUACGAUGUCUAUAAUUUUAAGGGAAUUUAAAAGAGUUUGUAUUUAAAUGGGAGGCUAUUUAAAAUAUCUUUAGAUAAGUAGUGGCUCUGUUGAAAUAGUCUUCCCGAAUGCAUACGGGUAAAUAAAUAUUUCGAAUUCUUUAUCUAAUCAAACACACAUAUCUUGCUGCCUUCGAUUAAGUCUACGAAGCGACACUGCUGGAUGUUUCUUGACUUUAAUGUUCCUAAUUAGCUAAAUAUAUAAAAAUAUAGCAAUCUUAUAACUUUGCUUGAUUACAUUCAAGUGCUCAUUUUUAUAUUAGUGAAGUUUUGUUGAAAUAUAUUUUUCUUUUUUAAAUGUUAAUAGAAUUGCUUUUAUAUUUUCAUUGAAUUAAAAAUCCGAGGUUUCAGACGCUCAUAGCAAUUCAUGAAACAAUUUGUCCUGUUUCGUUACAAAUUGUUAAUGAAAAGGCAAUACGAGAAGUGAGUACCGUUCAGCACAUGAUUUAAUUAUAAACCACAAAAGGAACGAUAAGAAAAGAUAUCAAAACAAUAAGUAAGAUUUUAGUCACCAAAUAAAGAGCGCAUCGAAUUACGGCAUCAAAGUGAUGAGUGAGAUUCGCCUCUCGAUUGCGUGAUACCACUCGGCGAGUAAAUUCUAUGGAUAGUGUUGUUGUGUGUAAAACUUUUGAUAGUAUCCACGAAUAAUAAUAGUUGAUAGUAGUAAUAGUAUUUUUAUUUUAUAUGAUUAGGUUAAUGUGGGCGUCACACGGUCUGCAGUUUGUGUGUAGUUAGGGUCUAAUUCUAUCCGGGUGCUAAUCGUACACCUCUUAGUAUCUAUUAUCACUAAUUAACUAAUUUAAACAACACUUAAUUGGCAACUCCAAAGUUGGAUUAGCGUUAAGUCGUAAAUGGUAAAAUUUAUAGUUAAGUUUCAUAGUUUUGUGACCUAAUAGUUUAUAUUAGCGCAGUUAGGAUGUCUCCAAAUGAAAUUUUAGUAAAACCGUAAUGAGGAAAUCUAAUGGUUUCUUGUUAAUUUCGAAUGUUUCAAGAUAAUUAAUCGGCAUGGCUUCGGCAACCUGAUUUAUGAUUCAUUUGAAUAUAGGUCGAUAGUGUAUGGGUCCAAAUCGUAUGGGCUUACGUUUCACAUUGAACGGAAAGCUAGUUGAGAGAUACGUGUUUGGGGUCGUUGUUAGUAUUAAAGCUCAGAUUUCUUCAUUCGACGACUGAGCUUUGGAGCUUUUGUCAGGUUUGUGGUACGAGCUUAUUAUAUUAGUAGAUCGGGUCCACUGUUUGUUGUGAAAACCGCUCUCGCCGUCCAAUCAUGGUUGGCUAACUACUUGUAUAGUAAAUAAAAGAAUAGUAAUAUGCAUUGAUCAUCCUUCACCUUACAAAGAUUUAGUUUAAAAAAUGUAAUGUUAAUUUAAAAACUUUAUAGAUAGUUAAUUAAUGGGGGACAGGGCACAUUGUCUACGUUUGAUUCUAAUAAUUUGCAAAUUCUAAUUCAUUUUCUAUGUUUAACUUUGUUGUACAGUUCAGAUCGGAACCGUAACUAGAAUCUGGAUAGUACAGUACAUUGCGGCCUAAGUUUCCCACUAGUUUAAAUUUCUUUACCAAUAAUUAUGUCUACAAUGUGUGAUGUUCGACCAAAAAUAAUAUCUGGGUACUUGACACUGAAAUGACUGACGGAGCUUAUGUUUUUUUUUUGGUUUCCUAACUAUACCUUUAAUCCAAUACUGAAGUGUCUACGCGGCGUUUACUACGGUCAAUCUUUUAAAUAGGCAACCCGAAACGUCCCCAUAACGCUUAUUGUGUGCCUAUCGUGUGGCCGCUUAGAGCAGGGCCGGAUUUAGAGGUCUGGAGGCCUUGGGACAACAAAGGAGCGGAGGCCCCUUGCCCCAAAUUAUUCUCCAAAUAAAAUGAACAAUUUUUUUCAGUCGAAUUUUGAGAGUCCAAUAAAUAAUUUAUUGUGAAACCAUGUAGAUUCGAUUAAUAUUUAACAAACAUACAUAAAUAUAAUCGGAGACAAGAGUUAUCUGAAAUUAAAUUUCAGAGGAAAGUAAAGAUGUUAUCUAGUGUUUACUUGUCGGAAUUUGAAAGAUUUUUUUUUCAAAGUCUAUUGUGGGGGCCUCCCUAAAUCUGGCCCUGGCCUAGAGAAUGUCCCCGGGCCGCAUCGACGAUGUAACUGACAUGCCGUUAAAUUUACUAUAACAAAAUCUUGCUUAAAAACGUGUUAGUCUAAUAAAGAAUAGUUAUUACAAUAAAAAAUAUAUCCAUUUAGAAAAAAAUGUUACAAUUUCAUGCUGAAGGAUCGCAUUCUCUUGCCCGUCGGAAUAUUAUUUACUAAGGUAUUAAUUGUUAUAUUUUCCUAGUAUAUUUGUUGAACAGUAUCAGAUAAAUCUUUAGUGCUGCUUCUUGAAAUUUUUCAGUUCGUGAUUAAACUUAAUAAUCACUACGUUGUAAUAAACUAAUAAUUAAGAAAAAAAACGGAAUGCAAUUAAAUACUUUAUUAAGACACAUGAAAAUUGGUUUAUGUAACGAAAUAAGCUAUUUUUGAAUUUGUAUAUUUUUGUUUUAUUGAAUACAUUAUAUUUUUCUUGAAA